AUGGUGUUAUCGUCUUUUUCUACUCAUCCUCCCCAUCUUCAAAAGCAUUUUUCUGCACAAGAGAAGAAAAUUGAAAAGGAUAAGAAAAAAGAAGAAGCUCGAAAAUUGAAAAAGAAAAAUGAGGCACUCAUUCUGAAGAACUUUGCAAUCUCGGAAAAGAAGAAGAAGAAGAAGAUUCAGAAGGCGCCAACCCCACCAACCAGAAUACCUGAACCAAUCUUCAAUUUGCCAUAUCUAACCGAUGCCAUAAUUAUGGAUCUACUCGCUCAGCCAUCACCUGGAUCUCCAUUGUAUCCAGUCACCGAAACACAACUCGUCCCACUAACUAUUCUGAAAUUGGCUCCUCAUUUGAGUAUUCCUGUCUUGGAUGCAUACCGUACUAUUCGUCCUUCAUAA